UCUCCCUUGUAGCAGCGCACACAAGAGUCCAUGGGCGGACUCUAAAAGAAAGGCGCCACUCCAUGUGGAUUCUCAUGUGCCGGGCGCCACCGCGAUCGCCUCGAUCGCCUCGAUCGUGAUUCCAGGCAAGCUCGCGCAUCAAAAUCCCGGCCGCAUUGCACAGCGAUCGAUCGAAGGGAUCCACCCAAGGCUCGAAAUAUCUGGUUCCUUGGCGAAAUCCUCUCCGGUUCCAUGGCGCAUCACGACAUCUACAACGAUUUCACCGCGGCGGCGGUGGCGCUGCUGGCAGAGAAGAAUCGAUCGCUGCGGGCGAGCUCGGAUUCCCCCCGGCGCUCGGUGACCUGGGAUCUCGAAGAGGGCAAAAUCAAUGGCGGCUCGCCGCCGGACGCCCACCACCAGCGAUCGCUAUGCCGCCUGCUGUCCAAUCCGCGCGACGAGCUCCAGCGCUUCCGGCUAAGCCUCCUAUGGAUUGGGCUGGAUCAAUCGACGCCGGUGAGGAUCGCCUUCUCCUGGAUCAUCUUUCUCCUCUUUGCAAUCGUGCUGCCGGUCAUCAAUAGCGUGGCCACCUCGUGCUCCAGAUGCUACCACCGCCAGCUCCCAUUCGAGAGGCUCGUCUACGUCUCGGAGUCGGCAUUGGCAAUCGUAUCCUUUGCUUGCCUCUCUUUCCUCCUCAGGCGGCACGGCCUUCGCAAAGUUUUGAUGCUCGAGAAGCUGGAUCGAGAGUCCCAGGAGGUACAACAGAACUACCGAGCCAAAGUUAACUUUGCCUUCCGGCUGCUGGCCAUGAUCAUCCUCCCAUCAAUGGUGGUGAAGCUCGUCCGGGAGAUAUGGUGGUUCUCGCGCGCCACAGUCGCGCUCCCUGGGAUCCCACACGGCCCCGCCCUCCGCUCGGUUAUGUGCACCUUGGUCAUGCUCUCCUGGCUCUACAAGGCCGGAGUCUUCCUGCUCAUGUGCGUGCUCUUCCGGCUCAUGUGUUCCCUGCAAAUCUUGCGCCUCCAAGGCUACAGCACGCUCCUGGCCAAGAGCCUCGACGUUCCAGAGCUGUUGCUGGAGCACGUAAGGAUCCGGAAGCAGCUCUUCAAGAUCAGCCACAGGUGCCGGAUCUUCAUCCUUGCCAGUAUGUUCAUCAUCACCAGCAGCCAGUUCAUAUCGCUGUUCUUCAUCCUGUCAUACAAGGAGAGCGUCCACUUCUUCAUCGCAGGCAGCCUGGCAGUUUCCUCUGCGGUUCAGCUCUCCGGGAUCCUGACUUGCAUGAAUGGGGCCUCCAAGAUCACGCACAGAGCCCAGAAACUCAUCUCCCUCGUCAGCGAGUGGCAUGCGGUGUGGACGUGCAGCGCCAUGACAAGCGACUUUAACAAGCCAGCCUUCAAAACCGCGACUCCACCAUGUUACCCGUUGCUGAGACAACAGUCCGAUAUCAAGGCCUGCGACUUGUUCUCUGCGAAGAGCCAGGAUUCGCAUUACGACAACGAGUGUUACUUUAGGCAACAGCAGUCAUUUCUGAGAUACUUGCAACAUAACUCCCCGGGGAUUUCAGUCUACGGCUUCGUGCUGGACCGAGGAUCCCUGUACACACUCUUCGCACUUGAGCUCUCGCUGGUGCUCUGGAUUUUGGGGAAGACGGUGACUGGCGUACACUGAAAACUCGUCGCAAGAACAGCCCACGGAUAUAGAUGAUGUAAAGGCCGAUCUAUCUUCGAUAGCAAAUACACCAAGGAUUGUGUUGGUGGACGGAGGUAACUUCCAGUUUUAUAAAGCGAUCAAAAUUUGG